AUGUGGAAAACAGCUGGUGAAUCAAACUUGUGUGCCAGUCUCUUGACGACUAAGCAGCAGGCCGACCCCCGCUUCCAAUGUGCCAGCCUCGUCAUUCCAUUUGACUAUGCUGACCGUGUAGCCGGCACGGCCAAUCUGACCUUACUUCGCUUUCGCCCUCACAAGCAUGUAAAGAAGACCCUCUUUCUCAACCCUGGCGGGCCUGGUGGCUUGGGCAGCAAGUACCUCAGCAGUAACGUAGAUCUACUCACGCACCUGUCUGGCGGCGGUGCGCACUACCAACUUAUUGGUUGGGACCCACGCGGGAUCGGAAGCAGUGGGCCGGGACCCAUCACUUGUUAUCCGAACGCGCAGCAAGCCGCUCUUCAGCAAAAUCGCACUACAGUUCAGGUGCCACCGGUUAGACGACUCUCGAAGGUCCAGAGGAAAGCUGUCAAAGCCCAACUGCAAGCCAAGGACGAUGAACAGAGACUUGAUUGCGUUGCUCUUUCUUCGCCGGAAGCGCUCAAGCUGGGUCAAUACAUGGGCAGUUAUUACAACGCCAUGGAUAUGGAGUUCAUGCGCCGCGUCAUCGAUGCUGUGGAGCCUAUGCACUAUCAAGGUCUUUCAUAUGGUACCGUAUUUGGUGCCUUCUACCUCACCUUGUUCCCUGAGCAGGUUGGUAGAUUUGUGUUGGAUGGUGUGGUGGAUGUCAAUUAUGCACUGAACCAUCGUAUCGACGAACGAAUAGGAGGAGAAUCAUUUGGCGAUGCCGAAGCGCUGCUGCUAUACUUCUAUGAAGAAUUUACUUCAAUUUCAUUGGCACACGUCGCUAUCCAACAUCCCACCAACCACCCGUUCAAGCUGUUGGUAGCUCCAGCUUACACGCACCGAUUCUAUUCAUUGGAGGUAGACUGGAUCCCACAACUCCUGUCCGAAAUGUAUACGCGUUACAGUCUCGUUUCGGCCCCACAGCUCCUCAUGUUUUUCAACAUGUAG